AGCUCCAGCUCCUGCUGUACGUGGUCCGAGUAACUAAUAAUAGUCGGUGACGGCUCUGUAGGCUUCGGGCGCUCGUGUGAGACUAUCUACUCUCUGCCAGGAUUAAAUCGCUGAAAACUACGUUUCCCAGGAGGCCUUGCGGCUCUGCCCGGAAACCGGAGCGCGUGGAGAGCCGGGGAGGCGCAGGUGCAGUGGCUUGUGGGAUCGUCUUCGGAGGUGGUGGUGGGGCUCCAUCAUGGCGGCUUCCAUUUCAGGCUACACGUUCAGUUCUGUCUGUUACUAUAGCGCUAAUAGCAGUGCCGACCACGAAGGAUUUCUGUUGGGAGAGGUAAGACAAGAGGAGACAUUCAGUAUUAGUGAUUCACAAAUCAGCAACACCGAGUUUUUACAAGUAAUUGAAAUUCAUAAUCAUGAGCCUUGUUCCAAACUUUUUAGCUUUUAUGACUAUGCAGGCAAAGUCAAUGAAGAAAAUUUGGAUAGGAUUCUUAAAGAUCGGAGAAAGAAUGUUAUUGGGUGGUACAGAUUUAGGAGAAACACUCAGCAACAAAUGUCAUAUAGAGAACACAUCAUCCAUAAGCAGCUGACGCAGAUUCUUGGAGUGCCUGACCUUGUCUUCCUUCUCUUCAGUUUCAUCUCCACUGCAAAUAACUCAACUCAUGCUUUAGAAUAUGUUCUUUUUAGACCAAACCGAAGGUAUAAUCAAAGAGUGUCUCUUACUAUUCCUAAUCUAGGCAACACAAGCCAGCAAGAAUACAAGGUUUCUUCAGUGCCAAAUACUUCACAAAAUUAUACCAAAGUUAUUAAGGAGCAUGGUACCGAUUUUUUUGAUAAAGAUGGCGUGAUGAAGGACAUCAGGGCUAUAUAUCAGGUUUAUAAUGCACUUCAGGAAAAAGUACAGGCAGUGUGCUUAGAUGUAGAAAAGAGUGAGCGAGCUGUUGAAUCUUUUCAAGCAGAGGUGAAUAAGCUAAAAAGGCAAAUCUCACAAAGGAAAAAUGAAAAGGAGCAGGAAAUAAGACUGCAGCAGACCAUCUUAAACAGGCAAAUGUCAAGUGAUACCUUGGAGCCUCUAUUCAUCCCCCGGAUGUCCCAUGCUGGUUUUGCUGUGGAAGGUAGUAAUCUUGAAGAAUCAGAAGCUUCUGAUCCUCCUCCUCCAUAUGCUGACUUCACUGUAAUCAAUCAUGACAGUGCUGUACGUCCUGGUGUUCUAGAAAGCAAUGUUUUUAUGCCUCGACCUCAAGCAGUGGGCUCUUCUAGUUAUGUUUCCACUAAUACAGGAUUGAAGCAUUCAGGCAAUGGAACAUCCAUGCCCUCCUCCUCCCAAACAGCAACCGGUAACAAUGUUAAUGAAUCAGAAGACAGUGACUAUGAGAAUUUGCUUGAACCUGCAGAGUCAUCUGACAGUGAAUACGCACAGACAAGAGAUUCUCAACCUUUGACACAUGCAGAUGGCGAUUCCAGGAACACUCAAAUCUCUCAAAUUUAAUAGAACAUAAGCUUAAAAUAGCACUAUCUUUCUUAAUUGUUACAGAAAUAUUUUGGGAUUAAACUUGGAGGAAAUGAGCUUCAAAAGUGGAUUAUUGUACACAACAGAUGUAGAAGACUUGAACUUAGAUGGCUUAUUCACUUUGUGAUACACUUUUGCAAGUUUUGUAAUGGAAUCAUUAGGAUAAUCAUACUAAUUGGUAAAAUUUAUGGAUGUACUGGUAAAUAAGCAAAGUGAAAUUUGAAAAAUGCGUAGCUUUUGUUGCCAUAUUCUCCAUAAGAAACAUGGAAUUUAGCAGCUAAGCACAGUCUUUAAUGAUCUCAAAUCAAAGCUUACCUCGUGCACUAUCAUGCCUUGAAUUUAGGGUGGGAGGGGGGAUAUUUCUAAGUACUUUGAUCAGCAGGCUUUCUAAUGGUGAAGCCAAAUAGAUCAUUGCCAGGAAAAAAAACCUUUGCUAAUUUCAAGAAGCCUGAUUGGAACAAAUGUGAACUAUCUUCUCUGCAUGCUCUUUUGAUAGAGAUGAGGUUCGUUUCAAUCUUUUUCUACUAGCCCAAUGUGUAUCCCUUACAAUUAUGGUUGCCUUUUUAUGUAGAAAAGCGAUUACCAGUAAAUCAUCAGUGAAUGUUUCAAGUGUAACUACUCUGACCAUGGUGGAUUUCAAGUAACUCUGCCACACUAUCCUCAUUGUCUUGUUUUUGUUUUCAACAUAUGAAGAGCACAUAGCGGAAGGUGAUGUGGUCAUUUCUGUCAAAGUUUUGUGUUAGAACUCUGCAAAUAAUGAACAAUUAAUGAAGACAAGUUCCUGCAACUUGCAAUGAUUUCCAGAUUUAGUCUAUAAAAUUUAAUCAUGGGGAAUGAAAGAUGCUGCCUAGUAAAAUACACUAGGGUUUCUUCUUAAAGAUAGACAGCAGCUCUUGUUGGGGAAGGAAGACCCUUGUGAUUUUGGAGGCAUGAAGUGACUCAAAGAAAGUUUGGAUGCACUUAUAUUUUUUAUUUUAUGCUUGCAGUAGAAUUGUUGCCCAAAUGAAUUGUACCAUUCAAUAUUCAAUUAGGCUUUUUCCUCACUUAGUAAACAGCAAAUUUAUGCAUCUUAAUUAUAUAUAAUCCCGCUCUUCAUUAAAUACCCGCAAAAAGAUAUCCUUUAGACAUUUGGUUGUCUAAAGCUAAAGAAACUCACACCUAUUUAUUAGCCUCUCUGUUUUCUAUAGUAAGUAAAUCCAAGUGGAUUUAAAAUACAGUAAAAAUUUCUAUCUCCUUGGAACUUUUAAACUUUUCUCUUUUCAGUACUUAACAUAUUUUUGGCCUUAACAUUUUUUCUUUUUCAUGCAGUCUUUUCUAAUUAACAAAAACAUGUUUGGGUUUUAUUAACUUUGGAUAUCUGCAAGCAACUAUAGUACUGGUUUGUUAAAUAAGUGCUGUUACCAUCUCAUCAGUUCAUUCAGAAAUUUUAUUUUUAUCUUGCUCAGAAACCUUAAAUGUACAUCUUUGACAAAGCAGUUAAAUGUGACAAUAAAAUCUUAUUUAAUCCUU